AUUCAGUUUGGCUUCUGGUCACAGCUCGGACACACUCUGUCCGUCAGAGGCCUCGGCUGCUGGAUGUUUGCUGGACGUCAGCUGACGACAUGGAGCGGCUGCUGUCCUCGCUGAGCGACCUGGAUCCUGACGCUCUGGAGCUGGAGUACGCAGCAGGUUCGUUGUUGAACCGGCGGAGCAGCUUCCUCGUCUUCUGACUCAAACGGUGAAAGUGGCGCGGUGGAAAAACGGACCUGAGAAUCUGCCUGAAACCAAACACACACAGAACUGAAGUGACUGCACCACAGCAACACACGAGGAUUCAUUAAUGCUCCAACAAUAAGCCUCUGUGCCUCUGACACGUCUAGUAACCUGGUCCCUGCUCAGUUCAGGUGCUGUGAUAUAUUACUCUCUACAUCCACUCAUCUGAAGGGCGAUUGUUCGAUUCCCGGCGUCUCUGGGUUCAAAGUUUCUCCCUCUGACAACAACAUACAAACUUUUCCAUGGAACAGGAAACACUUUAACUUCUUCCUCUAUUUGAACUUUCUGUUGUUUGGUUUCUUCUUGACUUCACUCUGUUUUAUCUCCGCUCUCUUUGGGUGGAUGUGUUCGGGUCGUCCUAUUGUUGUGAACAGUUGUCACUUGGACUGAAAGAUGAACGGAUUUCAACGGUCAAAGGUCAAUAUGUGUGCGUGUGUGUGUGUGUGUGUAUCUGUGUGUGUCUGGGCGACAGGCGGUGCGUUCACAAUCCAUGCUGAUGAAGAGGGAUCUGGGUUUGACCACUGAGGCCGGAGCGCGGAAGGAAAACAUCAAGAAGAACAGAUACAAAGACAUCCUGCCAUAUGACCAGACUCGAGUGGUGUUGUCUCUGCUGACCUCAGAUCUCGACACAGAUUACAUCAACGCAAGUCUUAUCGAGGGGGCGACAGCAGACAAGAGGUACAUCGCCUCUCAGGCUCCUCUCAGCUCCACAGUGACUGACCUCUGGAGGAUGAUCUGGCAACAUGACGUCAAGGUGAUAGUCAUGGCCUGCAGGGAGGUGGAGAUGGGGAAGAAGAAGUGUGAGUGUUACUGGGCUCAGCUUCAUCAGGCCACUACAUUCGGACCAUUUACCGUCAGCAGCCAGGGGGAGACACAUCCUAAUGAAGAUGUGGUGGUUCGAGCUAUGACUGUUACAUACCAGCAGCUCAGCCGCUCACUGACCCAGUAUCAGUUCCUGUCGUGGCCGGAUCACGACAUUCCCUACGAGGCUGCAGGAGUCCUGGACCUGCUGGAGAGGGUGAGGGCGAGUCAGAGAACACACACGUCUCCUGUGCUGAUACACUGCAGUGCGGGUUGUGGCAGGACAGGAGUCAUCUGUGCUCUUGAUUACAUCUAUGACCUGCUGGUUACCAAGCCAAUCACAACUGACUUCAGCAUCAUGAAGAUCGUCCUGGAGCUCCGGAGGCAGAGACCCUCGGCUGUCCAGACUAAAGAUCAGUAUCGGUUCAUCUUCUCGUCCGUCGCCUGUUUGAUCCGACGACUCCUGGAGUCGAGCGGCCGGCCGCUCUACAGCAACCGGUCCGAGCUGAAGACACAAGACAAGCACACAACGGUGACUCCUGCUUCCUGCAACAAGAGAUCAUUGAGGCUGAGCAUGAAUGAUACAUACGCUGUGGUCAAUAAACCCAAACACCCCCACCCACCUGCAUCAAACCCCCCCCACUCUGGUGUAGACCAUGCCCGAUCCAGCAGGUCGCUGCCCCCGACACACCACUAUGACAACGACCCUGCAGGGGCGUCGGCUGCUCCCGUCUACAGCCGCGUCCGCCCCCGAAACAAACCACUCAGCCUCCAGCUCUCCGCCACGCCCAUCUAUGACAUGGCAUCUCCAACCAAUAACAGGCCGGGGGAGGGACUUCUGUCGCUGCGUAGCAGUGGAGAGCAUCACGUGGCUGCAGCUGAACAACUUCCACCAACAGAUGACGAUUAUGAAGACUUCUCCUCUUCAGUCACAAACACGCCCGGCCUCUGUCCACCAGGGGGCAUCGGGUUUAACUGUCGUAUUCAGAAGCCCAAGGGACCCAGAGAUCCUCCAGCUGAGUGGAGCCGACUGGAGAGAUGAACAGCUUCGAACUGGACUGGGUCGAACUGGACUGGGUCGAACUGGACUCAGUCGAUCUGGACUCAGUCGAUCUGGACUCAAUCAGUGUGCUAACGUUACCAUAGAGAGAAGAUGUUCAGCUGACCUGAACUGAGACUCGUCAUGAUUCGAUGUGUUGUGUUGUUAUUGUUGUGUGUGAUACCUUCCUCUUUAUAUUUCAUCACGUCUCUGCGGUUUAUCAGAUUUUGAUUUUCCAGUGUGGUUCCAUGUACAAACUAAUAGUUUUACUGUUUCAUCUGCAAGGAGAAGUAAAAGUGAAGGUUUGUUGAAUGAGGCCAUUGUCUCAGGUCGACCCACUCUACCAGUGCUGACCACCAGGGAGCAGCAGAGCAACACAAAACAUCAGCAAUGAAACGUCCUGCAGGAGGAUAAAGUUACAGCUUCAUUAUCAGAGGACACACACUGAUGUGACCCUCCUCGUGGUGGAUCAGUGGUAGAUUUAUCUCUGUCACACAGGUUCGAUUCCCACCCACUGCAAUAAAAUAAACCUGUUUAUCCUA